AUGAACUUGCAAGUAUGGACUGAAUGGUCAACAUGGAGUAGUUGCACAGCUUCAUUUUGUGGACAGAAAGGUUUUCGUCUGAGAAGGAGAGAAUGCCGCAUUCGCGGAAAAGCAUGCUAUAUGUCUCGAAGACAACGUCAGACCUGUUAUGGUAAAUGUACAGCAAAUGACUUCGAAUGGAGUGAAUGGUCAGCGUGUUCAACUUCUUGCGAUUUUGGCGUGGAACAGCGUGUUAGAAUUUGUCCAACGUGUACCGCUGAGAAAUGCGGAAAUAAUUCUGGAUAUGAACCAUUUCGGAAACUAAGUGAAUCGUGUAAUUGUGCCUCAAGGCAUGAUAUUCGACAGCGCAAAUGUCCCAAUUUGUUUUGCAAGAGUAAUAAUAAUCUUGCUAAAUCAUCAGAAUAA